AUGUCGAGGGAUACAGCAGCGGAGCAACUUAAUAAAUACAAGAGCAGUCUUCAGGGAGAACCCCCUGUUCUUUUGACUGGAAAUGGAGCCCCAAUUUCACAAAAAAUGGCCAGCCUUACGGCAGGGUCAAAAGGACCUAUGCUUCUACAAGAUUUUGUUUAUUUGGACGAAAUGGCACAUUUUGAUCGAGAAAGGAUUCCAGAGCGAGUUGUUCACGCAAAAGGAGCAGGUGCCUUUGGUUAUUUCGAGGUGACUCAUGACAUAUCCAAAUAUUCAAGAGCCAAAAUUUUUUCUGGAAUUGGAAAAAGGACGCCUCUUGCUGUUAGAUUUUCAACUGUUGGGGGUGAAAGUGGCUCUGCUGAUACAGUGAGAGACCCAAGAGGAUUUGCAGUCAAGUUUUAUACGGAGGAAGGAAUUUGGGAUCUUGUCGGCAACAACACCCCAAUUUUCUUCAUCAAGGACCCUCUAUUUUUCCCAAGUUUUAUUCACACACAAAAGAGGAACCCAGCAACUCACUUAAAGGAUAUGGACAUGUUCUGGGAUUUCAUUUCGCUUCGUGCGGAGACGACCCACCAGGUAAUGUUCCUUUUUUCGGACCGAGGAAUUCCCGAUGGCUAUCGUCACAUGAAUGGCUAUGGCUCGCACACGUUCAAACUAAUUAACGACAAAAACGAAAUGGUCUACUGCAAAUUUCAUUACAAGACGGACCAAGGAAUCAAAAAUAUCCUUGCUGAGAAAGCAGGUGAAUUAAGUGGAUCUGAUCCUGAUUAUUCGAUUCGCGAUCUCUACAAUGCUAUUGCUGAGGGUAGAUAUCCGACUUGGACUUUCUAUGUACAAAUAAUGAACCCAAAGGAGGCUGAGAGCUUCAAGUGGAACCCCUUUGAUCUUACGAAGAUUUGGCCACACAAGGACUUCCCAUUGAUUCCAGUGGGCAAAAUUGUGUUGGACAAGAACCCGGAAAACUACUUUCAAGACGUAGAACAACUUGCUUUUGACCCAGCUCACUUUGUCCCUGGAAUUGGACCCAGUCCUGAUAAAAUGCUCCAGGGACGACUUUUUGCUUACGGAGAUACUCACAGACAUCGCCUUGGACCCAAUCACCUUCAACUACCCGUCAACUGCCCUUACAAAGUAAUUUCGGCAAUGAACUAUCAGAGAGACGGCUUUAUGCCAAUCCACAAUCAAGGAGGAGCACCGAAUUACUUUCCAAAUAGCUUUAGCGGACCUCAACAGUGUCCAGCGGUGAAAGAACCCCCUUUCACAGUUUCUGGAACAUGUGAUCGCCACGAGCCAGAAAAUGAAGAUGAUUUUGGACAAGCUACCACCUUUUACAGAGAAAUUCUCGACUGUGAGGCUAAAAGUCGUUUGGUUAAUAAUUUGGUUGGAAGUUUGAAGGGCGCUUCGACCUUCAUUGUCGAACGGGCGGUCAGAAAUUUCACUAAGGUCGAUGCGGACCUGGGCAGACAAUUGACUGAUGGGCUGAGGAAAGCAGGGAAACCCAUCAACAUGACUGGAAAAUCCGCUAAUCUGUAAAGCAGUUUUUAUGAAGGAUUUAUUAAGUUUGCAUUGACAGGCAACGAGUUUAGUUGCUUACUCAAUUUUUACCAAUGUUAUAUUUGCAAUUCCAUUACAUUAUGUAUCCUUACUCGUUAGAAAUUCGCACCUUGGUGAUUGGUUGCGAUAAAAUAUAUAUUCUUACUUUGUAUAAAAUUUGUAAACAGUAUAUAUUUUACUUAAGGAUUUUUCUGAUAGAAUACACCUCAAGCCCGAAAAAAAGCCAAUGAUAAUUAACAUAAUUUUGAAUGUAAUCAAUUGUGUUUAGGCCUUUUCAGGUUUUAUGGUCUUAAUUUCAUAAAACCGUAAAAGGUCGCAAACUAGUUCAUUAUUCCUAUAUAUUGUCGGAAAAAUUAAACAAUUUGCAAUUGCGCAUGUGAAAUUAUUGUCCAACAAGGUUUUCUCACUGCCUGCGUAAGGAUUCCAUGAGCUUUGAUCUCUGCUACCAGCAUGGUGUGCCCUGUAAGACUUUUUUUAUUGUCAAAGAGGAUAUUGAUUAUAGAACGAAUUUAAAAAGUAUUCUGAUUGAGAAGAUGCUAGAAAAAUUUAAUGAAAAAUUAAUGAAAUGAAAAAUUAUUUCUCGGAAUGAAUGAAUGUAUCAAAGAAAAAUACUUUAGUAUCCAUUUGUUCAUUUUUCUUGCUGUUGCAAUUCUCCUCUUUAAUUAUUCUUAUUCCGAUAAUUGCUUGUCUUUAACGGUGCAGGACCUUUAGUAAAAUUUUUCGCCUGUAAUUAAACAACGAAUUCUAUUCUCUUAAUUAAGGGCAUGUAGUACUUAAAAAAUUAUCGAUUUUACCAGUUUUAGGUUUCCCUGGCUCUUUUUCUAGAAUAAUAAAUAUUUUGUCUUAGAAAUUUGGGAAAUGGUAGCGAACAUGUUAACGGACGUCCCCGCACACUCUUUUUGUGGAUUAGUUAAAAAAAAUUAAUUUUGCUAAAUUUGAUGUGUGUGUAUUUUGAGGUUAUGCAUGUUACAAUUAUCUCCAAUCAUUAUUCUUGAGUGCUACCGACAGCGACCUACAUUAUCGGAAUUACAGAGCUGAAAAACGAUCCUAACUUCAAAAUAGUCCACAUGUAUACGUUUUUUAUUUAGCACAGUAACUUUUUUUGUUACUAUUCGUCAAAAAAGAGUCCGGGGACAUCCGUUAUGAUAUUUUAUAGCAUCUUCGAAUUCAGUUUAAAACAUUUUCCAUUCUUGUGGAGAAAAAGCUGGGGGCGUUGUACCCGAUAGACGACACAACGAAGUAUCACAUGCCCUUAGAGAGGCACUAUUUAUAAACAUAUCAUUAUUUAAUCAUUUUAAUUUAUUCAUUUAAAUGCGUUCAGUACGAAGAUAUUCGUUAGCGCACAUAUGAUAUCCAUAAACUCUUCAUCACAAAAUGUCUUGAAAAUUUCAUCAGGAGAACUUUUAUCAUUUAAUCCAGCAUUAGGCUGCACGCUAUGAUUUUCAUCAAUGAAGAGAUGUAUGAUAGGAUAGAAGACAAGAAUGAUGUCAAGAUUUUUGCCACUAUUUUUUUAGCACUAGGCACAUUAAAACAUUCAUGUACCAACCUUAAAAUAGCAGCAAAUAAAUAAAUGUAUCACUUGACCUUGAAAUCUCGAGUUUCAGGGUCACGUCUGCGUUCAGGA